UAAGGGAAGGGGUUUAUCUCUGUUAUCACUCUCACCCUCCUCCUCAUUUGCUUCAUUCAUGGACAAUAUUUCUGCAGCUAACUAAACUGAAAAAAUACCUUCUUUUUCGGUUUCUUUAUUCAUGUUUACUUACAAUUUUCAAUCACUAAAGUUGGUAUAUGGAGGCAGGAAGGAGCUUGGUUUCUUCUCCACUUCAAUUUACUCACAGAACCCAUCUCAGGAACCGUUCCCCCUCCUCUUCAGUUUUGCUGCUGCAUGAACAAGUAACCCCAGCUCUUACCUCUCCGUCAACUACAGUUCUUAUUCAGAAUCAGCGCAAUGAUAGCAGGUCAUUGCUAUGUUUAAAAGAAAACGCAUUUCAGAAAACACUUGAUAGGCAACUUGGACAUGUAUCUUCAUCUCAUGAUGGAAGUGACGAUGUUGAUCCUAAUCAGCAUGAAAAUGACAUUGAGAUCCAGUUGCUACGCAGGCCAGAAUUAUGGUAUUUAUUGGCAUCCUUACAGAAAAGGGACACUUCAUUUCCUUUGACAUCUGAUUCCAAUACAAGUAAAAGCAUAGAUUCAACUGUCUUAGAAGCCGAUCAUGUUGUUUCACUUGCAAGAGAAGCCUUUUCAGCAUGCAAAAAGGCAAUGUCAAUUGCUAAACAAGCAAAAUUUUUUGAAGUUGAUGUUUACGAUUCUUGUAGUUUAAGAGGUUUGGUCGGUGAUCCUAUGCGCAGAACUGUGAGGUCUACUCGUUUGCUGGAGAGGAAAACAAAGAAGAGGAGGGUACCUAAGCCAAAAGUUGAGUUUCAGGAGACUAAUCAUCACAGGAAACCAGGAUCACAUAAAAAGGUUGAUACUAGAUUUGAUCCCAACGAUCCUCUUAGGCUCUUUCUAGGGGGACCGGAAACAACAGAACUUUUGACUGCAACAGAAGAGGCAGAGUUAAUAACUAAGAUACAGGAUUUAAUGAAAUUGCAAGAAGUGAAAACUCGACUUCAUGCUCAGUCCUCCAGUGAACCUACAAUAGUGGAGUGGGCAGCAGCUGCUGGGAUUAGUUGUCGGUACUUGAAGUUGCAGAUUCACAUUGGAACCAGCAGUCGACAAAAGUUAAUCUAUGCCAAUUUCCGCAUGGUUGUUCACAUUGCUAAGAAGUACCAAGGGCGUGGGCUUAACCUUCAGGAUCUCAUGCAGGAGGGAAGCUUGGGUCUAAUGAAGAGUGUAGAGAAAUUCAAGCCUCAAGCGGGUUGCAGAUUUGCUACUUAUGCAUAUUGGUGGAUAAGGCAAUCGAUUAGGAAAGCGCUAUUUCAGCAUUCGAGGACAAUCCGCCUACCAGAGAAUGUUUAUGGCCUUCUCUCGAAGGUGUACGAAGCGAAGAAAACAUGCAUCCAACAAGGCAACCACACCCCUUCUAGAGAAGACAUAGCAGCAUGUGCUGGAAUAUCGGUCGAGAGAAUGGAGAAAUUGCUAUCCAGUGCUAGAGUGCCUCUUUCCAUGCAACAGCCCGUGUGGAUGGACCAAACUACCACAUUUCAGGAAAUCACUGCAGACACUACUAUUGAUGUCCCGGAUGUGGGCGUAUCGAAGCAGCUGAUGAGGCAACAUGUUCGGAAUCUCUUGAGUGUGCUCAACCCUAGGGAGAGGAAGAUCAUCCGGUCCAGAUUUGGCAUCAAAGAUGGAAAUCAGAAAACCCUGUCUGAAAUUGGAGCCGGAUUUGGAUUAUCGAAGGAGAGAGUUAGACAACUGGAGAGUCGAGCACUGUACAAGCUCAGACAGUGUCUAAACAGCCACGGGCUUGAAGCUUAUACAGAUAUGCUCAUCUAGUCUGCAUAUAUAUUCUGUUUGAAGGGCUGUGUAUUAUAUUUGCUCACAAUGUGGCAGUCCUGCUUAUGAAUGUACAUAAAAAUUGCCACUUUUUUUAAUCUUCAUUACUUUUUCCCCCUCAAAA